AUUUUCAACCAAGGCUGUGAACCCUGAAGCCUUGUCUGGACCCUUCUCAUAAAGGUGAUGACAACGCCCAGCGCCUCAUGCUCUCCAGGAAUGACGAAAAACGAAACCAAAAAUGCUCACGUUGUAAGGUGCAAAUCGCAUCGGAUCAUCGGUUGAUACAUUUUUUUCGGUACAGCAAAACGUGGCACUCAAUGACCAAGACAGCGGAGACCAAGGGCAAGGCGCUCAAGGCCUUCGAGCUCACAUGGGUCAUAUACGACCCAACAGACCGUUUCGGCGUCAUCAUGGCGCUCUUCACUCUCUCGCCAGUAUUCGUGACGCUCAUGCAUGUGACGCUCGUCACCUUCCAGCGCGACUUGGACAGCGUCAGUAUGUUUCUUGGCCAGGUCAUUAGUGAAGUGAUCAACAAGAUCCUCAAGAAGACAAUUAACCAGCAGCGACCGGAUGGCGCACGUAUGAGUGGCUCCGGAAUGCCCUCAGCCCAUUCGCAGUUCAUCUCGUAUUUUGCCUCCUACGCCGUCGCCUAUACGUACUCGAGGUUGAACGCACACCGCUACAUCGAGCAGUGGAUCACUAUCGCCGGCUGUAUUUUCCUUGCUGCGUUCACUUGCUACUCUCGAGUGCGCUUGGGCUAUCACACGAAGGACCAAGUUGCCGUGGGUGCAAUUGUCGGAACGAUUGUCGGCUUCAGCUGGCAUUCGCUAGUUUCAACGGUGUCGCCAUGGUUAUUCCCACUCAUCGUCCAGUCGCGACUCGCUCAGUUCUUCUACUUGCGUGACAUCUCCCAUAUUCCCGAUCUCAUCGUGUACCAGCACGAACUCUGCUACUCGACAGCCGCAGCCUUCAAAAUUAAGUUCCUAUAG